AUGAUUGUCGCUUCACAUAUAACUCAACAACAGGGUAAAAUUGAUCCUGAAGAAAUAUUCGAACGACAUGAUCAUAUUGGUCGAGGAUCAUUUGGAGAAGUUUAUAAAGGUAUAAAUAAAAAAUCAUCUAAUGUUGUUGCAAUAAAAAUAAUCGAUUUGGAAAAAGCUGAAGAUGAAAUUGAAGAUAUUCAACAAGAAAUUCAAGUACUUUCUCAGUGUAAUUCACCAUAUAUAACAAAAUAUUUUGGUUCUUAUUUAAAAGGAACUAAAUUAUGGAUUGUUAUGGAAUAUCUCGGUGGUGGUUCAGCACUUGAUUUAAUGAAACCAGGUCCAUUUGAUGAACAGUAUAUAGCUAUAAUUUUACGUGAAGUCCUUAAAGGUCUUGAAUAUUUACAUUCGGAAAAAAAAAUUCAUCGUGAUAUUAAAGCUGCAAAUGUUCUUUUAUCAGAAAAUGGUGAUGUUAAAUUAGCUGAUUUUGGUGUUGCUAAACAAUUAACUGAUUCAAUUAAUAAAGGAAAUACAUUUGUUGGUACACCAUUUUGGAUGUCACCAGAAGUUAUUAUGCAACAUAAAUAUGAUUAUUCAGCAGAUAUUUGGUCACUUGGUAUAACAGCAAUUGAAUUAGCAAAAGGUGAACCACCAUAUUCUGAUUUACAUCCAAUGAGAGUUUUAUUACAAAUUCCAAAAAAUCCACCACCACAAUUAGUUGGAAAUUAUUCAAAAUUUUUUCGAGAAUUUGUUGAAGCUUGUUUACAAAAGAAUCCUGAACAUAGACCAACAGCUCAACAAUUACGUCGAUUAAAAUUUGUAUCAUUAAAUAAAUCAACUAGAUUUUUAGUUGAAUUAAUUGAACGUUAUAGACGAUGGAAAGAAAAUCAUAAAAAUGGUGCAGGAUCAGAUAGUGAAUCAAAUUCGGAUGAAGAAGCAUCAAAGGAUAAAACAUUUCGAUGGAAAUUUGAUGGUGAUGAUACAGUUAGAUUAUCAUCAGCAAAUGGAAUUUAUUCGUCUCCUGAAUCCAUUGAACUAAAUCCAAUAUUUAAAUCAAUAUUUGAUGAUCUUUCUAUUCGCUUUAAUAUUCCAACGACAAUAUCGAAUAAUAACUCAUCGAACGGUAUAAUACGUAAUACUCAAAAUGGUGUUGAAUUAUUUCAACAUUUACGUCGUAUAUUUGAAAAUGCUCAAAUACGUUAUCCAGGUUUUAGUGAUGAAUUUGUUCGAACAAUGCGUGAACAUAUUUCAAAAGUCAAUAAUCCAUCAUCAUCAUCUUCAGCGGCAACAUCAGCAGCAGCAGCAGCAACUAAAAAUACUUCAACAACUGAUGAUAAUAACAGUCAACUUAUAUCGGGUGUUGUUAAAUUGAGAAUUUAA